CGCAAUUGUACGUGGAUAUCGUCUUUUGUAUUUUUUGUGCGAUGCUGAGAACUGAUGCUCUUCCUCUCUGACGGUUGAAAUUGACUGACAACUGCACUUGUUAACAGUUGGUAACAAGCCAUGAGGAUCUUUGGGCUGUUUGAGGGGGAGAGGGUCCCUCUGGAGCUUCCGGAGGGAGUCCCUGUGAGCGAGAUCAAAGAGCGGAUCUGGAAACUGCUGAACAUCCCAGAGGAGUCUGGAAACCAGGACAAGAAGGUCAUUGUGCUGACCUACGGGGGUUCCGAUCUAGAGGACUCCUGGAUCUUCUCUGACCUUGGUAUCCGGCCAGGGGUCACCGUCAAGGUCAGUCUCCAGGAAGAGGUCAAACCGGUUCUCUUCAUCUUCUGCGUGUUUGAUCGGAGAACUAUUAACAUGUAUCACAACAUGCAGGUGGGACACAUGACUGUCGCUGAACUGAAGACGUUCGCGGCCAAGAAAACCGGCAUCCCUGUGGGAGUGUUCCGUCUGGUGACACGAGACGGCAGAGAGAUGUUUGACGCAUUUACGUUGGAGAAGUACAGCGUUGACGUCGGACACACGGUGCAUAUGGAAACGUGGGACGGCUGGAACGACUUCCUCAAACUUUCCGUUAUGGGCUACACCAGCAACGUCAUGGCCCAUCUUUUCUCGGAUGAGGCUGUAGCCCGGUACCAGAUGAAGGUGGCACUCUUUAUUGCCGCCCAUUUCGGUCAUGUCGACUUGGCUGUGACUCUUCUUCGAAAUGGGAUCCGGCCCAACGAUCCCGUCGGGGAUCAUCCUGCCCGGCAGUGGUGCUCUGAAGACAGUCACAUCGACAGCAUGAAGACACCAGUUCAUGAAGCCACGGAGAAUGGGCACCUCGGCGUGAUCAGAGCUUUCGUCAACCACGAUAUCCGCUGCGUUUUGGUCAAGGAUGGCCGAGGGUUGACUCCCAUAUCCGUGGCACUCCGGAACAAGUUCAAAAACAUCGUCCAGUUCCUCGUCACCAAACAAUGGACCAAAUUCCCCGUGGGUAAAAACCAAUCGAUUCCUUUGACGAUUUUCUUUUCUACCAUAAACUGGUGCGAGCGCGCCAAAGAACGGGUCUUCCUCAUGCGUGGACCGGGGAAGUCUUCUCUGAAGAGGAGACCGCCACGAGGAGCCCUGGUUUCCAACGGAGUCAUUGUGGAUGGAUUCUCACCUAGUCAAAUGAACGCCAAACCGAAGGCCUUACCUCGGGAAGACGGGAAAAGAAGAAAUUUCGAGGUUUGGCAAAUGGGAGGCGACGAUCCCGAACUAUAUUUUCGACGUAUUCAAAUGUUCGACAAGACACUAGGUGCGCUGAAAACCAAGCGGGCCUCGAAAUGGGGAAAGAUGAUGGACAAGGCCAUGUUGAACAUCAAUCCGUUUUCAGUUUCUUUGGACGGUCUUUCGGAAAGUCCCGUGACCCCUUCCUCUGACAACUCUCGAUUGGACACUCUGGACGCCGGUCGAUUCAAGCUGCCGCCAAUCCAGGCUAGGAAGAGUUUGUCUCAUCAGAAUCUGGGCUCCGCGAGAGCUUCGGAUGUAUUUUCACUGGCAGAAUCCCAGUCACCGGAACCUAACUUGCGCUCUUCUCCCUUAAAAAACCUUACCAAGCAGCUGCCGAAACCCAAGAAGAAAGCACUGAAGUCUGCUCUAAGUAUAUCUGUGCCCAAUAUUAAAGUGGACAAUGACUCUUUCCCAACCGUGUCCAAAACGUUCCUGGGAAGCCGUUCUACUUUUGUGUCGGCCCAGGCGGACGGCGACGAGUCCAAGUCAGGGGUCGGAGGAAGCACAGCAGAGGCCACGAAGAUGAACCGCGGAAAAAGGCGACGCAAAAUCGCUUCCUCUAUGUUGCUGUCCGACUCCAACACGACAAACAGCGCUCUGCCUCUGCCGGUCGUACAGUACGAUGACACAGCUCAUCCUAAAUUCUACUACAACUCAACCGAAGGCAAUAUCGUGACCUCCACGUUAGACCUGUACGAAAAAUACCGCGGUAUGAAUUCCAGAGACUAUGCCAUACACUGUAUGACCAUCGCGAACAGCUUCAAGGAGAAACCGUGGUUAGAGCGGGUCCGAAUCGCCCUCAAUUUGACCUCCAAAACGGUCAAAAAGCGAUAUUGGGACAGUUCGCACAACAACACAACGCUUAAAACGCACAAAAGCACGGGUGCCCUGACAACCAGAUCUUGACUGGGUGAAGGGUUUUGUACUAGAUUGGUUUAAUUGGUGGGAGGGAAGUAUUUUGUUUGACGCUCAUUGGACGCUCAAAUGUGGAACUUCCGUUCGGAUGGGUGGACAAUUUUCGACGUGGAUUCUAGUGACACUAAGCACACUGCUCUGGGGUCAGGGUUCUUGCGUUCUCCUCGCACAAUUCUGAAUCAUGGGAAUACACAUACAUGUAUCCGGAUUUUCUCUAUGGAUAAGUUUUCAUCCACAUGACUAGAUUAACCAUGUGACCAAGCUCUCUUCCCUGGCAACAAGUGUUUAUCGUGCUCUGUCUACGAAUGGCACAGGCUCUUCGAUCAAUAGGGUAAACUUUCCUAAAGAAAUUCGGACCGAAGCUGUGUACUCCAAAAUUCAUUUCUGUUUUUGCGAUGCUUUGUGGUAAAACUGGUAAUGAUUUUAGUAGAUUACACAUGUACCACCUUGGACCCGAGGCGCCAUUGUGCGGGCAAGCUCACCCCAUUUCUACAGCUCGCCAAUUUUUGUUCUAGGGGGAAUGGAUUGAUCAACCACAUCCGAUGUCCCACCAACAACGUUACUUUUCAUUCCAUUCCUGUGAAAGACAUUGUGACGUCAUAGAAGAAUUAGUAACUAAUGUGUGGAACAUCAGGUUGACAUACUUGCAACAAUAUUAAUUAUGA